CGGCAAAUGCGCUGAGGAGGCUUGUUAUUGUUGAAUGAAGCGAGCAUAAGGUGGUGCUGAGUUCUCUUAUUAGAGGUUCACAUGAUCAUCACAAUGGCAACAACUUUGCUUUUCUAACUUAGAAGACUCCACAUUGUAAGUUAUUUGUUUUAAGAAGAGUGUAAAGAAGAUGAAUCGGCCCAAGACAGCUGCUGUACGACGGCCGAGCGCUGCUGCAAAGUCAUCAGGUCACCCACCUCCUGGGGAUUUUAUUGCUUUGGGAUCCAAAGGUCAGAGCAGCGAUACCAAAGUACCCCCAAACUUGUUGAAACCCGCUACGUCUGGACUUGCACCCGAACGAAAACGAGAUGCUUCUGCCGCGUUAGCUGGUGCCUCAGCGUUGACCGGACUCACUAAACGUCCCAAACUUUCAUCAACUCCCCCUCUGAGUGCCCUGGGGCGACUGGCUGAAGCUGCUGUGGCUGAGAAGCGAGCUAUAUCUCCAUCAAUAAAAGAACCCUCUGUUGUUCCGAUUGAAGUUCCUCCUGCUUCUCUGUUGGACGACAUUGAAGCUUCCGAAUCGGAUGGAAAUGAUGAACGUAUUGAAGGUGUUCUCUGUGGUGCAGUGAAGCAAUUAAAAAUGAACCGCGCUAAACCAGACCCUACAUUGUAUUUAAGUUUGAUGUACUUGGCAAAGAUGAAGCCUAAUAUAUUUGCCACAGAGGGUGUGAUUGAGGCCUUGUGCAGCUUGUUACGAAGAGAUGCCACAAUAAACUUCAAAGCCAAAGGGAACAGUCUGGUGUCUGUCUUGGCCUGUAACCUUCUUAUGGCCGCUUAUGAAGAAGAUGAGAAUUGGCCGGAAAUUUUUGUGAAGGUCUACAUUGAAGACUCACUUGGGGAGAGGAUUUGGGUUGACAGUCCUCACUGCAAGACAUUUGUUGAAAAUAUCCAGACUGCUUUCUGCACAAAAAUGCCACCAAAAAGCAUGGUGCUGCAUGGAGAGAUUGGACGAGCUGCAGGAGACCUCAGUGCUGGCAGCAGUCCUCACCUGUCCAUAACAGAAGAAGAAGACAGCCAAUCAGAGCUACUAAUAGCUGAGGACAAAUUAAGCCCUGAAGAUGAGGGGCAGAUAAUGCCACGGUAUGAUGAUUUGGCAGAGGGCGUAGAGGAGUAUGUGCUUGAUAUGCUACGCGAUCAACUCAACCGUCGGCAGCCGAUGGACAAUGUCUCCAGAAAUCUCCUUCGUUUGCUUACAGCCACUUGUGGCUACAAGGAGGUGCGACUCAUGGCGGUGCAGAGGCUGGAGAUGUGGCUGCAGAACCCAAAACUGACUCGCCCAGCUCAGGACCUGCUGAUGUCUGUUUGCAUGAACUGUAACACUCAUGGAUCUGAGGAUAUGGAGGUGAUUUCUAAUCUGAUCAAAAUCAGACUGAAACCAAAGGUUCUUCUCAAUCAUUAUAUGCUGUGUGUACGGGAGCUUCUGAAUGCCCACAAAGAUAAUCUGGGCACCAUGGUGAAAUUUGUGAUUUUUAAUGAGCUUUCAAAUGCCAGAAACCCCAACAAUAUGCAGAUUCUGUACACCAUAUUACAGCACAGUCCUGAGCUGGCCCCAAAGUUUUUAGCCAUGGUUUUUCAAGACCUUCUGACCAAUAAAGACGAUUAUCUCCGAGCCUCUCGUGCGCUACUUAGAGAAAUCAUUAAACAGACCAAACAUGAGAUCAAUUUCCAGGCAUUUUGCUUGGGACUCAUGCAGGAGAGGAAGGAACCUCAGUACAAUGACAUGGAAUUUAAGGAACGUUUUGUGACCCACGUUACAGACCUCCUAGCCCUUUCUAUGAUGCUAGGAAUUACCGUUCAGGUUAAGGAAGCUGGGAUUGCUUGGGACAAAGGCGAAAAAAAGAGUUUGGAGGUCCUGCGUGGUUUUCAGAACCAGAUAGCCUCAAUCCAGAGAGAUGCCGUGUGGUGGCUGCACACAGUGGUCCCUUCCAUCUGCAAAGUGUCCCCUAAAGAAUAUGUGCAUUGCCUGCACAAAGUACUGUUCACUGAGCAACCAGAAACCUAUUAUAAAUGGGACAACUGGCCACCGGACAGUGAUCGCAACUUUUUCCUCCGCCUCUGCUCAGAAGUGCCACUUCUCGAGGACACGCUAAUGCGCAUCCUGGUCAUUGGCUUGUCACGUGAUCUCCCCCUUGGGCCAGCUGAUGCCAUGGAACUCGCUGAUCACUUGGUGAAAAGAGCAGCUGCUGCGCAUGCGGACGAUUUGGAGGUUCUUAAAAUUGAAAGGAUACAGCUCCUCGAUGCUGUGCUAAACCUCUGCACCUACCACCACCCUGAGAACAUUCAGCUGCCCCCAGGAUAUCAGCCUCCAAAUCUUGCUAUAUCAACUCUCUACUGGAAAGCUUGGCCUCUCCUUCUAGUUGUUGCUGCAUUUAAUCCAGAAAACAUUGGUUUGGCAGCCUGGGAGGAUUAUCCAACGUUAAAGAUGUUAAUGGAAAUGGUGAUGACCAAUAAUUAUUCGUAUCCGCCGUGCACGGUAACGGAUGAGGAGACCAGGACGGAAUUAAUCAACCGUGAGCUUCAAAUCUCUCAGCGGGAGAAGCAAGAAAUCCUGGCAUUCGAGAGCCACCUGGCCGCUGCAUCCACCAAGCAAACGAUAACGGAGAGUAACAGCUUGCUCCUGUCGCAGCUCACCAGUUUGGACCCGCAGGGUCCUCCCCGACGACCUCCUCCACACGCCAUAGAACAGGUCAAAUCGCUGAAUCAAUCCUUACGUCUUGGACACCUCCUCUGCCGCAGCCGCAAUCCUGAUUUUCUACUUAACAUCAUUCAAAGACAGGCGUCUUCCCAAUCGAUGCCCUGGCUAGCCGACUUGGUACAGUCCAGCGAGGGGUCCUUGGAUGUGCUGCCGGUGCAAUGCCUGUGUGAGUUCCUUUUGCAUGAUGCAGCUGAUGAAUCGGGUACAGGAGAGGAUGACGAAGAAAACGAAAGCAAAGAGCAAAAAGCUAAAAAACAGCAGAGACAACAGAAACAGAGGCAGCUUCUCAGUCGGUUGCAGGACUUGCUGCUGGGCCCUAAAGCAGACGAGCAGACAACUUGUGAAGUUCUUGACUAUUUCCUUCGGCGCCUGAGUUCGCCCCAGGUUGCUUCACGUGUCCUUGCCAUGAAGGGUCUGUCCAUGGUGCUGACCGAAGGAGCUGUGCGGGAUGCAGAGGAGGACCAGUCCAUGGAUGAAGACUCGAAAAUGAUGCUAGAAUACCAAUGGCUAUUAAAGGACUUGCCCAAACUUCCCCUUUUUGAGAGUGUCAAAGGAACCACAGCUGUGGCUCUACAACAGGCUGUACAUAUGGAGACUGAUCUUCAGACAAUCAGCGCUUAUCUAGUGUACUUAUCCGAGCAUGCGCCAAUUGAAGACCAAGGCCAACACAAUGAACUUGCUCUGGAUGUGGCUCGUCUGACCGUGGAACGUUCCAGUCUAAUGACCCACCUGUUUUCCAAGAUCUCCUACUGUGCCGAGUCCAAUGCUGUACUUGCUGCAUUGCUUUCUAUCUUUUCUUGCUAUGUCAGACGCCUGCGUAAGAGCAAGGAAGGCGAUGAAGUGUAUAGCUGGUCUGAAUCCCAAGAUCAGGUUUUCUUGCGUUGGACCAGCGGGGAAACUGCAACGAUGCACAUUCUCGUUGUCCAUGCCAUGGUUAUUCUGCUGACUCUUGGACCUCCUCGGGGUGAAAGUGACUUCUACCCUUUACUGGACAUCUGGUUUCCGGAAAAGAAGCCCCUUCCUACAGCUUUUCUGGUGGACACUUCCGAGGAAGCCCUACUUCUACCUGACUGGUUAAAGCUUAGAAUGAUUCGCUCUGAGGUUCCACGUCUUGUUGAUGCUGCUUUGCAGGAUCUGGAGCCUCAGCAGCUGCUGCUAUUCGUCCAGUCUUUUGGUAUUCCAGUGUCCAGCAUGAGCAAGCUUCUGCAGUACCUGGAUCAGGCCGUGUCCCAUGAGCCUCAAGCCCUUGAACAAAACAUCAUGGAUAAGAAUUAUAUGGCUCACCUAGUGGAGGUUCAGCACGAGAGAGGAGCUACCGGAGGCCAAACCUUCCAUAGCCUGCUGACCGCUUCUAUUCCGAAAAGACGGGAAAGCACAGAAAUAGUGAAAAGAAAACCCACCCCUGAAACACCCCAGGGGCAAGUAAGAGCGAGGGCACUUAUGCAGAUCCCUGUCUUGGGUCCAGAAGAUGAUUUAGCUGGAAUGUUCUUGCAGCUUUUUCCCUUGAACCCUGACCCACGAUGGCAGAAUACCAAUCCCCGGCCGAUCUCGUUAGCCUUGCAGCAAGCCCUUGGCCAGGAACUGGCACGUAUCCGCCAGGGGCAAACCCAGCUGACUGGCAUUGCCAUGCGUCUGCUCCAGGCUGUGGCAGCGCUGCUGAACUCUCCGCACAGUGGCCCUUUGGUCUUAACAAUGCACAGGAAUCAUUUCAUCUCGUGUCCGCUGAUGCGGCUGCUGCAUCAGUACCAACGCUACGUCCCUCUAGACACGGCAUUCUCCUCCUUGUUCUUUAAAGUCCUCAUGCAGAUGUUACAGUGGCUGGAAAAUCCCAGUGUGGAAGAUGGACCGCUGCGCGCUCAGCUCAAGUCAUUUGCAGUGCAAUACUCUUCAAAGCACAGAAUCAGUGACGUACGAGGGGCGUUUCUGCACUUAUCCGAAGCACUAGCUUUCUGCCACGAACCGGAUGUGAUAAAUUCCACGUUGCGCACCAUCAUCACCACCCUGAAAUUUGGAGACAAGUGCAACGUGGAACCAGAACUGAUCAGCAAAGUUCUUCAAGGGCUGAUAGAAUCAAAAUCUCCCUAUUUGGAGGAAUUUCUGACCGUCCUACUCACCGUGACCAUAGAAAUAACAUCGCGCUGCACCACUGCGGGACCUGUAGCGGUGGUGACCUCCCUCUUACUGCAAGAGCAAGAGGAGACACCAGUGAAGAAAGGAAGCGACGCCAGCAGCUUGGAAGGUGUCCGUUCGAAUCCUUCUUCUGGUCUCCUCAUUGACUGGUUGGACUUGUUGGAUCCAGAAGUUAUUAGCAGUUGUCCAGACCUUCAGCAAAGACUGUUGUUUUCCUGCAGCAAGGUGAAAGCUUCCGGUGGAUCUCAGCCCCCUUCCUUUCGCCCGUAUCUGUUGGCUCUCCUAACCCAUCAGGCCAACUGGACCACGUUACACCAGUGCAUCGGUAUCUUAUUAAGCAAACAGAGAGAACAAAGGUUUGACCCGUCGGCCUCCCUGGACUUCUUGUGGGCAUGCAUUCAUAUUCCGCGUAUAUGGCAGGGAAGAGACCAGCAUACGCCGCAGAAAAGGCGAGAUGAGUUUUUGUUGCAUCUGAAGCCCUCUGAGCUGGUUUGCCUUGUGGACCUGAUUAUCUCUGAGGCGGAAAGCAGGAGCCAGGGGCCCAAGGAAGCCUCUUGUCCGCUGAUCCAGUCUCGCUUGCCGUUAUUGAUCAGCUGUUGCCAUGGAAACCAAGAAAGCAUCAAAAAGGUCAUGGAGUAUCUGAACAACUGCAUAAAACAAUGGGGAAGCAGUUCUUUGGGGAAGCAUUGCCAGGAUUUUCUCCUGCAGCUAUAUCUCCAGCUGCCGGAAUCGAUAGUUCCCGUGCCUGAUAUCUUGGUGUCCGGCGAGGGAGCCACAGACAACAACACCUGCAAGAUGGAUGCCCUUAUUCACCGGUUCAUUACUCUCCUUGCGGACUCGAGCGAUUGCAAAGAGAGCCGGAUGUCCGAUGCCAAUAUGGCUUGUCGUAAGCUAGCCGUGGCGCAUCCCAUCCUGCUGCUAAGGCACUUGCCCAUGAUCGCGGCCUUGCUUCAUGGAAGAGUGCACCUGAAGUUCCACGAGUUUCGCCAGCAGAACCAUUUGACAUUUUUCACCCAUAUCCUGGGAAUUCUAGAACUGCUUCAACCUCAGGUGUUCCACGGUGAACACCAGGAAGCCUUAUGGGACGCUCUCCUCUCCUUCAUCAGACUUCUACAGAAUUAUAGGAAAUAUUCCAGACAGCUUAGUGGCUUCAUCAGUAAAUUUGUACAGUUCAUCCACAAGUACAUUACGUGUGCGGCACAAGCAGCCGUGUCCUUUCUGCAAAAACACGCAGAUCCACUGCAUGGUUUGUCGUCUGAGAACAAUGAUCUUGCAAUGCUAAAGUCUCUCCUGGCUGGCCUCAGUCUGCCCAGCAGGAGCGGAGAGAUGGAGAAGAGUCCCGAUGAUGAGAGAGAAGAUGAGACUGCUGCAGGCUCUCUUCCUUUGGUCAGCGUGUCUUUUUUUACUCCGCUUACUGCCGCUGAAAUGGCGCCAUACUUGAAAAGGAUCUCCAGAAGUAAGACGGUAGAAGAUAUCCUGCAGGUCCUGAGUGACAUCGAUGAAAUGUCCAAGCGUCGGCCUGAGAUCUUGUCUUUCUUUGCGAGCGAUUUCCAGAGGUUGAUGAGUUCAUCGGAAGAAUCCUGCCGCAACCAGGCCUUCCGGUUAGCUUUGCGUGCUAUCCAGUGUAACCCCAGCAUCGCCUCCGACUUCCUUCCUACCUUCAUGUACUGUCUCGGAAGUAGGGACUUUGAAGUGGUCCAGACAGCACUGCAAAACCUCCCGGAGUAUACCCUCCUGUGCCAAGAACACGCUGCGGUGCUUCUUCACAGAGCGUUCCUGGUUGGCAUGUACGGACAGAUGGACACAAGCCCUCAGAUCUCUGAAGCCCUGAAAGUUCUUCAUAUGGAGGCCAUGAUCUAAAAACACAGCGCAUGCUUGAAAUAUGGACAUUUGUCAAAAAAGGACAAACCUCUCAACACCUUAUAAGACCUCUCGCACUUAAAGGUUUAGGAUAUAGAACAUCACCCAAACGCAUGUAUUUUUGUAAUGUGUUAACUAUGUAUUUUAUAUUAAAACAAUCUGAGUUAUUGGAA